AUGGCGUCGAUGGCGUGCUCUUCAGAGCGCGACCGGCUUUGUUCAGAGCCCUGCGAACGCGAUUCUCAGUCCACCGCCUCGUGCUCGACGUACGCCAACCCGAUUUGGAGCUUUUACUCCAAGCUCUCCGAAAAGGGUGCCGCACGCUGCGAAGCCUGUGGAUCAAUUUUGAAGACUCCCACCGGGACGACCACGACGUUGGUCACUCAUCUGAAGAGGCAUCCUGGCAAGUACAAAGCCUACCAGGUUCAGCGUCAGCGGAACCAGCGCCUGACCACAAGAAAAGAUGAAACGAAACCAAAUUCAUCUCAGUCAUCGGUGGCUACCGUCUUCAAACCAAAGCUACAACCAACGGCGCCGAAGGCAAAGGAAAUGACCAAGAAAAUCGCCACGUUCAUCGCUCGUGCCUUCCAGCCGUACAGCGUGGUUGAAGACGAAAGUUUCAUUGACAUGAUCAGGUAUGCGAUUCCUGAGUAUGUUGUUCCGUCGCGGAAAACGUUUUCAAGAACUGUCAUUCCAGACUUGUACGCUGCGAAAAAAUCUGAACUGAAAAAGCGUAUUCGAGCCAUCUUCGAAGGCGCAGUCGAGUGUUACACGUUAACAACUGAUGGGUGGACUUCGAGAGCGGGCGACAGUUACGUGUGCGUGACCGUUCACGUACUGGAUGAAGACUUCGUGCAGCACGUGUACGCUUUAGCCUGCAAGGAAAUGCCUGAAGAGCACACCGCAGAGAACGUUUUGCGCUUCCUCCGGACAGUCGUUGAAGAGUGGGAUCUUCCUGACAACAUCCCUAUCUUUGUCGUCACGGACAAUGCAAGGAAUUUUGUUUCAGCCGUCGCUAGGUCGCCGUGGUUGGGCCUCCAGUGCUUUGCCCACACGCUGCAACUGUGCAUUAACGACGCAAAAAAAGAAGUUGCUAUCUUCUCUCAGCUUUGUGCAAAAGCAAGAUGCAUUGUGGGGCACUACAAAAGAAGCGCACGAGCUCGCGGGCGACUCAUCGAGAUCCAGAAGGACAUGCACAUGAAUGCUCUGGAAGUGGUCCAGGAUGUCUCCACUCGUUGGAAUAGCGAACAUUCAAUGAUGGAAAGAUUGGUGAAACUGCGUGCCCCUAUUUCUGCAGAACUUUCAGAGUCGGAUUCCGUGGAGAACUUAAGCACAAAAGAAUGGAAACUAAUGGCUGCUGUAGUAAAAGUAUUGCAGCCCCUGCAACAGGCCACGGCAGAGUUGUCGGCUGAUAGGUAUCCCACGCUUUCACAAUCUUGCACGCAGUCUCGCUACAAGGUUUCCUGA